CCCCAGGCGUUCAUCUUCUCCUACCGGGAGAUACCCGGCUAUAGAGGUGUAUACGACUGUUGGGCCACUUUCUCGGCUUUCCCGCCCCCGUGGGGAGAGCGGGCGUACGUCACGUGGUAUACGGUGACCGUGUUUUUCAUACCACUCAUUAUCAUCACAUAUACCUAUGUUUACAUCUGCUAUGAGGUGUGGAAUAACGUACGCCUCAAACGCCAGACACUGAAACCGGAGAUCAGUUUUAUUGAGAUGAGAAAGAAUUGGCUGAAGACAGACAGUGAAGACCACACUAACGCCAAAUCUGACAGUUUGGACAAUAGUUUUGGCACCAAUAGUGAUGAUAAUGGAGUCGGUAGUGGGAAAUACGUGGCCACCGGUGGUAGUGGUAGUGGCAAUUGUGGUGCCCCCAGAAGUCACUCAAUAUAUCGUAUAUCCAAAGCCAAGAUUAAGACCGUUAAAGUGACGGUAGUUGUCGUCAUCUGUUAUAUCGUGUGCUCGAGUCCUUUCAUCUGUGUCCAGGUGUGGGCCAAUUGGUGGCCCGGAGCUCAACAGACCUCGUUCUGGACCGGAAUCGGAGCGUUAAUAAUAGGCGAA